AUGCUAGUUCUUGGUGUGGUCCUGCUGGGCCUCGCUGCUGCUGCAGAUGCAAGACUUAUCUUCCCCAAAGAGUGCGUCAAGGGCGUAACCAAGUUCCCGGUGGUGUGCUGCCCUAUGUUCAAUGGGUCUCAGUGCGGAGCGGCCUUCAACAGGGGGAGUUGUUUGCCCGUUCCGAGCAGCAGAGCCGUUGAAGUCCCCAAUGUGAAUUUAGAUGACAGACAUAAUUUUCCGGGAUAUUAUUUCACUUAUAUGUGUCAAUGUAAAGAAAAUUUUGACGGCUUCAACUGUGGUGGUUGUGCGUUAAACCGAGACGGCGAUAAUUGUGAAAAAACAAUCACUGUUAUGAGAAGAGACGUUCGGCAGAUGAGCCCGCGGGAACGGGAACUCCUUUUCGCCCAGAUAAAUUACUGCAAAACCAAAAUAGACCCGGACUCCAGCAUCCUGGUAUCAGGGGAUCGCUUCCGCUCAUCGACCUUCGAUUUCAGAGACGCCUCCUAUUAUGACAUCUGGUGUUUUAUCCAUUAUUACGCCACAAAACCGUUCAUCAACAACACCCAGGAAAACGUCAUCUUAAACUACGCGCACGGCAGCAGCGGCUUCCUCACCUGGCACCGCCUUUAUCUGUUGUAUCUGGAGAAAAGUAUUCAGAAAUGCAUGAACGAUCCAUCCUUUGCUCUGCCGUAUUAUGACUGGGGGAGAGACCCAAACUGCUCGGUGUGCACUGAUGAAAUGCUCGGGGGCAACAACAACAAGGGGCAAAUCAACAAAAACAGCAUCUUCUCCCACUGGAAGAUGGUUUGUGGAAAUUUUGAUUAUGAAGCAACAUAUUGUUUAAUGUCCGACAAUACCUGUGAACGUCCAUCGAUUUACCGGAACCCCGGCGCGGCACCGGGCUUUGAUAAACCAGGUGCUCUGGAUAUACAGCGCUGCCUGGACCUAACCAGCUACGACACCAGGCCGUACACCGCACAAUCCAGACAGAGCUUCCGAAACUGCCUAGAAGGUUGGGUGGACAGGAAUGAUAAUCCAGGAACUGCGAUGCACAAUCUGUUUCACGUGUUCUGCGGGGGAACAAUGGCGCAAGUCCCCAUAUCCUGCAAUGACCCCAUGUUCUUUUUUCACCACGCAUUUGUUGACAAAAUAUUCAAUGUAUUCAUCACAACGAGGGGUCUCACCAAAAACUCGUAUCCCGCCGACAACGCCAUUUACGGGCACGGAGCUUAUAGCUGUAUCUCGCCUUUUCACACCUGCUAUAGGCAUCGGGACAUGAUGGUUCCUAGCACCCAGUUGGGUUAUACCUACUCAGUGUUUAAUGGUUUCUAA